AUGAUGGUGCCACUAUCGAUAUCGGCUAUAUAUUGGGCCUUGGCAUCUGUAGUCCGACCGCCCUCCGAAACCUCUUCGCCUCCCACUUCCUUACAGCAUGAUGUCCCACGAGCCUAUCCAAACCCUACUCAACGCCAAUGAGGAGUGGGCGCAAAAAGUAAUUAAGGACACACCCGAUUUUUUCACUCAGUCGGCCACGGGCCAGAGCCCCAAGAUCCUUUGGUUUGGCUGCUCCGAUUCGCGGGUGCCAGAAUCAGUCAUUACAGCAUCUAAGCCUGGCGAUAUCUUUGUGCACAGGAACAUCGCCAACCAAUUCCACCUCAACGAUGAUAGCGCACUCUCCGUUCUCACUUAUGCUGUCAAAGUAGUCGGCGUCGAACACGUCGUCCUUGUUGGCCAUACCAACUGCGGAGGUGCUGCUGCUUGCCUGAAAGCAGCUGAAGACGCAGCUGCCGAUACCGGAGCGCCCCAACCCGACACCCCACUCACGCGCUGGUUGAGCCCCCUCAUUGCGCUGGUCAAAUCCCUCGACCUUUCCGCGUGCUCCGCAAGUGAGGCGUUGGAUAAAGUCGUUCAAACCAAUGUCAUUACGCAAGUCGACAAUAUCUGCAACUCGGAACCGAUCACCACUGUAUGGGCAGACCCGAAUGCGAAGAAAGUCACUGUGCACGGAUGGGUGUAUGACCUCGCCCGUGGACACAUCGAUGAGCUCGUCUUCCGGGAAGCUCAGGCUUGAUGGGAACAGUUUUUGACUCGUCCUUUUUUAUGACAAUUCCAAGUCUUAGGGACAAUUCCAAUUCUCGCCGCAUUCUUCACUAGAUUUCCCCUAGAUGGCUGUACACAUCAAGAAUGUGGUAAAUAUUAUUUGUAAAUUAUAAGUACAUGCCGCUAAAGAACAGUCUCAAAGUUCAAAUUCAAACAUUAGACAUAUUUCGUUUUCCCAUAAUGCAUCGUCAUUUUCUCAUCAA